CUUCAGCUGUCCAGAGUACUGAGCAGGAGAGCCCAACGAAGACCCGUGAGCAACAGUUGCCUAUUGCUGCAGAUACCGUACAAGACAGGACUUCUCUGUAGCCAGCAUCACCAUGGCAAUGAUCAAAUCUGGGUCUACAUUCAAGGAUAUCAUCUCCAAAAGUACUCAGGUCAGUUGGGGACAUCCCAAUGUCUAUCAGAUGAACCCAAAAACCAAAUCCAAAGAUGACACCAAGAUCACACGUCUGACAAUUGGUGAAAAAAAAAAGAAUUGCGUAAACAAGACCAUCUUGCUUGUGGGUGAAACAGGGAGUGGGAAAUCUACUCUGAUCAACGCUCUAGUGAACUACACCAUGGGAGUGACAUGGAAGGAUGAAGUCUGGUUUCAGGUGGUAAAAGAAGAGGGGAAAAGUCAAGAUAAGAGUCAGACAGCAGAUGUGAUCGUGUAUGAAGUCUUCGGUUUUGAGAAGGAAGAGGCCCCCUUCUCUCUCACCCUCAUAGACACCCCUGGGUACGGAGACACCAACGGGACCAAAGAGGACGAUAUUGUUACUGACAGGUUGUAUGAUUUGUUUAGCUCGCAAGACGGAAUCAAGGAAAUAGCUGCCGUGGGUUUAGUGGUGAAGGGGUCAGAAAAUCGCUUAAGUGACCGGUUGAUGUACAUCUUAAAUUCUGUGAUGUCUCUAUUUGGGGAAAACAUGGAGAAAAAGAUCCUUAUAUUCAUCACACACAAAAGCGGCUCGACAGCUAAUGUACUCAACGCUCUGAAAGGCAUUAAAUGUUGUAAAACUGAGAGUAAACAACCCAUUCACUUCACUUUUAAUAACCGCCAGCAUGAGGAACGUAUAGAGGAUGAUGAAGAUGAGUUAAAGCUGCAUUUUUCAAUAUCAGAAAAAGCAAUGAAGCGACUCAACACCUUUCUGAAAGAAAAUAAACCACAGAAUAUUGAGGAUUCUCUGAUGGUGUUAACGGAACGGAAAAGACUGCCUGCCUGCAUCCAAAAUCUGAGAGAGAGAAUUAAUGAUAUUCCACUUAAACAAAAAGAAAUCCAACAGACUAAGGAUGCUGUGAAGAAAUGUGAGGCUGGAUUGCAAGACGAAGUAGAAUUUGAUGAGCCGUACAAAACCACAGAAUGUAUCACAGGUGGGAGGUGGGGUUUUUUAUGGUGUUAUAAUGAUGGAGCCACCCGCUGUACUUACUGUAAGGAAAAUUGUCACUUUCGAUGCACACAUGCAAUAUCAGCACCAUGGUGUAAGGUUAUGAAGAAUGGGAGUUGCACUUCAUGCAGUAACAAGUGUGAUGUGUCCCACCAUGUGAAAGACACAAACAAAUAUGUAACCAAGACGAGAAAAAAGAAGAUGCCUCUAGUCGAGGUGAAAGAGAAGUAUGGCAUGUUUGAAAGGGAGUACAGAGACCACAAAGCCAGAGUAGACAGAAAUAUGACCCUUUUGGACAUCCUUGAAAAACAAAUGAAAGAUGAGACAGAUGAGAAGCUAGACUUUCUGGCUGAGGCCUACCGACAUAUCAUCCGGCUGGAUGAGAUCGCCCUGAAUAAAGAUUCAGUGCACGUUUAUAAACACUUGGAUUUCCUCAUUGAAAAGUUGAACGAGGAGAAAAAGGAGGAACAUGGAGAGAUGGUUGAGAAACUGAAGGACAUUAAAAAACGAAUGGGUCCCAAAACAGAAGAAGCAAUGCUGUACAUGUGCAAAGACAAGUAGCAUGGAAAGCAGAUUAACAAUGACGUUCAAGUGAAGAAUGUCACUGUUAGGCCCUACCUGAAAAAAGACUGCUGUAGUUAGUCAUUAUAAUUUAGUGAAACAGUGUUUCCUUUAUUUACUUUAAAAAACGUAAACUUACUAGGCUAUUGAUUUUACCACAUGAAUGUCAAGACUAUUUUAUCAAACUAUAGAAGUGAGCAUCUAAUAUGUUGGAAAAAAUAUAAAAAUAACACACAAACACUGUAUUUCUGUAUCUGCUGUUUUGUGGGAGUUUUAAAAUAGUUCUUAUUGUUAAAGCCAUUAGAAUGUUUGAUCAUACAGUUCUUUCUAAGUCUAAUCUGUGGGAGUGAUGAAUAAAAAAGGGGAAAUACCUUUCUGUAGCUUCCGGCUAUGUAGGUUCUUCCAUGUAAUAAUUAAUUUCACUGAAGCCAUGGAAAUGGUUUACUGUAUUUAUGCAACAAAUGCUGUGAAGACUCAUGGAAAUCGUUAACUGUAUUCAUGGAACAAAUGCUGUAAGGACAUAUUUUAAUCAACUCACUUCAGUAAACUAU